AUGAUACCCAGCAUAGACAGCUUUGUCCCCAGCACAGAUGUAGAGGACAGUAAUGAUGACGACGAUAUAGUCAACUUUUUGAAGCCGCUGGCUCUGGACAAUAGCACAGUAUAUGACCUUGCGUACCGCUUCUCGAGGAAGUUCAAGGACGUUGCUGCGAAUUCUCUGGAGCAGUUCUUUCCUACUGCCGUCACCCGUCUCCCCACGGGACAGGAGACCGGCCACUAUCUAGCUGCCUACGUCGGCCUCUCGUACCUUCGGGUUGCUUUUAUCGAUCUGCUCGGUCCGUCCGUGCGAGCAGCCAGAGUUAACGAUAAAGACGGUGUCAUCUCGCCGCAUGUAAGACGGACACUCGAGAAGGCGUGGCCCAUAGAGGAACGUCUGAAAAAGGAUAACGCCAAAGAUCUAUUUGCUUGGAUCGGAGACCGUGUCGCUGAGGUUGUGGCCGACAGCUUGGAGCCGAUGGGAAGUAGCUCUCCUCCGUCUGUAGAUAUGGGUAUCUCAUUUUGUUUCCCGAUAAAACAGGGAAACCUUAAUGAGGCAAUACUGAUGCCUACUGGCAAAGGAUUCGCCAUUAAUUCAGACCUCAAUCUUCGAGAAGCUCUGCUGGACGGUUAUGAUCGUCAUAUACGGCGCUCCAACCGCGAGUUUGACCCGGACACAAAGCGGCUGCGGCGCAGUGGAUUGCCUACGUUGAGAGUGGUAGCCAUCACAAACGAUACCGUUGGGACGCUGGCGUCUCUGGCAUAUUCUGUGCCAUCACUCCCUAACAGCCGGGCUGUCAUGGGCCUCAUCGUCGGCUCGGGGUGCAACGCCACCAUUCUGAUGAAGAUGGACGCCCUCAACGAGAAGAAAACCCAUCCGGUCCGAGUCAAUCAACCCGAUGCAACGGAGGUGCUGGUUAGCACGGAAUGGACUCUCCGCGACUCUUCUAUCCCGCUGCUAGAGCUCGCCAUUGCUACAGAGUGGGAUAUCGAACUUUCAGAAGGAAGCAGCCGGCCGGGUUUCCAGCCUUUGGAAUACAUGGUCGGUGGCCGGUACAUAGGCGAAUUAGUCCGUAUCAUCGCUUGCGACUACCUUGAAAACGUCCGCGGGGUCCCUCAUGAGGCACUUCCUGUCAACCUGGUUGAGCCGUACCGCCUCACAACCGAUCUACUCUCUCUCACCGUCGCCUCAACCUCUGCUACAAAGGAGAGUCUUGCCUCUGAGCUGCGAACCAAACUCCCACCCCCUCCUUCGUCCCAUGCGUGGAACUGGACCGCAGAGACAGCAGGUGUUUUACGCACCAUCGCAGCAACCGUACAGACUCGAUCUGCCGCGCUAGUUGCCGCUGCCACCGCUGGCCUACUCGCGUGUACGGGACACAUCCACCUACGCAGCCUCGAGGAAAUAGCCUCCAUUCCACAUACGCCCACCCAGGACGCCAUCUCUUUCCUUCAGCCAAGCGACCUCCGGAGCCCAGAGGAGCUGGUCGUUGGCUUCUCGGGGGGUGUAAUACAGCACUAUCCGAGGUACAAGGAGCAUGUGCAGAGCUAUAUCGACCAGAUACUCUUGCGCGGUGGGCCUCAGGACGGAGGGAAGAGCAUCUUCCUCCGGGAAGCAAGUGAUGGCGGUAUAAUCGGCGUAGGUGUCCUGGCCGGCACCACCAAGGGAAGGAUCGAAACCAUCACCGGAGCUGGUCUCAAGGCUGUGCAGGGCGCAAGAGAUCCUCAGUCAUGA